AGUGAGGAGGGGAAAAUUGUUGGGGGACGGUCGCGGAACGGGGGCGGUGGGAUGUGGGAGCCACCGGGUCUCGGAGUGAGGAGGCCACCGGGAGGGGGCGGAGCCCGGGCGAGGAGGUGGGGAGAGGCUCCCUUGGAAACUGGUGGCGGGAUUGAUGGCGGACGAGGGCGGCAAAUGGCGAAUUGAGCAAAGCUGGCCCGUCUUCCCCAGGCUUUGAGAUGGUAGGGGAUUAAGUGAGGGCCACAGGACUUAUAAAUUAAUGGCGGCUUUAGCGUUAUAUUCUGUAGAGGGCUCUCUGGGAGCUCGUUCCCAAGUGAAUGUCUGUUGGGGAAACCUUUCCUACUCCCUCCCCCAGCUCCCUAAUUCCUUGCUAAGGCCGCUACUUCAUUUUGAAGUCGAAAGCCAAUUUUGAAACGAAGCAUGCCUGUUAUUUCUCUCUACAUCAGUGCUUCUCGUCUUUAGCCGCACGUUAGAAGCACCUCGGUAACCUUUUUUUUUCUCCGCUCAAUUGCUGAUCCCCAAGCCGACCCCCAGAGAUUGUGGUUAAUUGGUCUCUGCCCAGGUUUCUCUCUUUUUAAAAGCUCCCUGGGUAGGUCAUAUGUUGCCAUACACUAGCAGUUGAGAACUGAUCUAGAUUAAAAGCCAAGCUCUUAACACCUUUACCCAUCUGUGGUUCUACCCUUUUGGAGACUUGGGGAGGUAUUUUAUGUCCUGUGGCCUUAAAAUUUUAAUCAUUUGAGGUAAUUACCUUAAAAACUUAAGCAGCUGAAAUGUGUUUUCUCGUGAUCUUCGAUAGUCGAUGAUAAAGGCCUUUCCGUUCAUUGUGGGUUUGGGCCUUGGCCCUUGUAGAAAAAGGUGGCUGUUAUUCCAGCUUGCUCAUUUUUGUCUGUUGCCCUUUGUAGAUUCUCGGGAUUUGAAGAUGGCUGCACAGUCAGCUCCGAAAGUUGUGCUAAAGAGCACCACCAAGAUGUCUCUAAAUGAGCGCUUUACUAAUAUGCUGAAGAACAAACAGCCGAUGCCAGUGACUAUUCGGGCUUCGAUGCAGCAACAGCAGCAGCUAGCCAGUGCCAGAAACAGAAGACUGGCCCAGCAGAUGGAGAGCAGACCCUCUGUCCAGGCAGCACUGAAACUGAAGCAGAAGAGCUUAAAGCAGCGCCUGGGUAAGAGUAACAUCCAGGCACGGUUAGGCCGACCCAUAGGGGCCCUGGCCAGGGGAGCAAUCGGAGGACGAGGCCUGCCCAUAAUCCAGAGAGGCUUGCCCAGAGGAGGACUACGUGGGGGACGUGCCACGAGAACCCUGCUUAGGGGCGGGAUGUCACUCCGAGGUCGGGGUAUGAUAGGUCGGGGAAGAGGGGGCUUUGGAGGCCGAGGCCGAGGCCGUGGACGAGGGAGAGGUGCCCUGUCUCGCCCGGUGCUGACCAAAGAGCAGCUGGACAACCAGUUAGACGCGUACAUGUCGAAAACGAAGGGACAUCUGGAUGCCGAGUUGGAUGCCUACAUGGCGCAGACAGAUCCUGAAACCAAUGACUGAAGCCUGCCCGCCCUCUAAGGAGAGACUCUUGUUGAAGUCACCACAUCUGUAAAUAACCUGGAGACAACAGCUGAGAAGAAACCUGGUUGAUGCUGGAAGGACCUGUCACAGUAGGAUAGGGACUGACUUGCCACCAGUGUGCAUUUAGUGUGUUCUUUUACUUUUUGAUACUGUGUUGUAUGAAACCCUUUUUCCUUUGACUUGGUUUUAUAUAUUUUUUUUUUUCACCCAGACUUCUUUUUGAAUAUGGAGAUGUUUGUUGGCCCUGUGGCCAGAACACCCUCUGUCCUCCUCUGCCUCCCCUCACCUGUCAUAUGUUGACAUUUUAACAUUUCCUCUGUUCAUCUUUGCACCCCCAAAACGAGGUCCCAGAAAGAGCCAUUGAGGGUACACUUUACAAUCAGUAGUCCUCCCUAAUGUCUAGGUUUCUGAAACGCGGUUCUGUUCCGUAUCCUCCUUAAUGACCCUUCAGAAAUGUUUAGAAAAUCUGGAGCUUCGAAGUGCAUUCUGCUGCGUUGACAGUUUAGGGUAGCAAAUUGGGAACAUUGACUUAGCUACAGGCCCAGGUUGCAGGAGAUAGCCUGCUCUGAUCUGGUUAAAGUUUACUACCGUGUGUUGACACCACAUAGAUGACAACCGGUGUGUACUUUCUACCCCCAAAUUAGAUCAACUUUUUGCUUUGUAUCAUGUCCAAGGAAGUCCUAUUUGGUUGGCUUGGCAGACGCUGCAGAAGGGUGGGAGAUAGAAUGGGGAUGGCAGACUAACUGCUGGCAGGGCUCAGGCGAUACUCAUGCGAAAAUGCUGUUAGCCUUAGGUUUCUUCCAAACCAAUCUUGGGCUUCACUCAUGUUCUUUGGUUGACCCUCUUAUUUCCCUUGAAGGUUUAAUUAAGUUCAACCAUAUUUUGUCAACUGUUCCAGUUUCAGUGGAAUCUUGUAUUCAUUAUAACAAGAAAUCGUUCUCUCAGAUCCAGCCUGGACUUUGUUUUUAUUUGUUGGGUUUCUUGAAAUGCUAUGGCCACAUUCAGAAUGUCUUGAUAAACUGUAGAGUCCUUUUUUUCCUGAUUGUAUUAAAAUUCUGAGGGAGUAUAUGACUUUGGGGCAGAAAAGGUGAAGGAUUUGCCUGAAAGGAAUAUUAGAUUGGGGUGUCUGCCCAAAUGUAGAUUCGGACAUAUCACAAAGGGGAGCAGGAACUGCCCUCCUUCAGUAGGCCCUGGGGGAAGAUUCUGAACUGCCCUUUUCUUCCUGCACAAAGUCAUGGACAUUUUUGGCCCGUAGGAGCAGGGUGAUCCUGGGGAAUAUCCUGGAUGCUGCCCUGGUUUCCCUUUGUCCCUGCACAGUUUACUGUAAGAAAAGAACCCUACCUGUCUUCUCACCAAACCAGUCUGGUUGCCACUGGGCUGCCUAGCACCCAAAACCAUUGGGAGGUUAUGUGGACUGGGAGCUGGGAAGGAAAUUUUGGUUACGACAGCGUGGGCUUGAAUCCUGUGUGACCUGUACCUCUGGACUUGUAAGGCCAAGUGGUUAAGGUAAUUCUGUAGAAUGGAGAACUUGAGGAAAAAGACCAGGUGGAGGACAGAACCCUGCUGACAUAACCAACCUGACCUGGUUUCCAAGUGGUGCAGUGGUUAAGUGUUUGGCAGCUAACCAAAAGGUUGGCAGUUUGAAUCCACGAAUGGGGCAGUUCUCUCUGCCCUAUAAGGUCACUAUGAGUCAGAUCCACAGCAACAGAUUUGGGUUUUUUUGUUUGUUUGUUUAUACUGUUAUGUCCUAUUAAGGGUGGAAUGUGGGGCUGAAGGUCUUUAGCUCAGAAAUGUCCAUAGCCUUGGAGGGAAUAAGGAAAGGUACUUCUGUGUGGACAAGGCCGGUUAGAAAGCAGACUCCACUUAGUCACAGCCCCUAAGGCUUCUGAAGUGAGGGACGUGCUGAUUGGCAGUAAGCAGACUACCCCUUGCAAACCUCACGUCCAUUGGCUGUCUUGCAUUAGGCACCUCCCAGGACCUCCAAGAUGCCUUUAUUGUGGAAGACAGAGUGAGCGGUAGAGUGAAUGGAUUCUUCACUUUUCCAUGACCACACCUUCCAAGACCUAUUCCUGUGGGAUUUUAUCCAGAGUUCCACUUCCCAAAUGCUUGGCUUCUUCCCCGAAGUGGCUAACGUGUAUGUUCCCCUCAAGUACCACUUACUUUUUUACCUGGGACCUGCUCCCUGUGUUUUUAAUCUGGUGGUUUCUGAGCCGCCAUCCAUCAUAAUCAGCUGAGAUCCUUUAAGAAAAGGAAUGAAAUGGGCACUUAGGGCUUUGGAACACAUAGGAAUAGAGGGGGGCCUGGAAAACAAGAACUUCAAAAGCAGCUGAGGUAUUUUGAGUUUGGGGGAACUUAGCAAGACCCCAGCCUGAAAGCCCAAGAGAUUUGAUGUGAAGGGAGCUGGAGGGAGUGGGACAGGUAUUGCUCACAGACACUGGCUACUCAGCUGCUGUUGGGUCUAGAGCUAGUUACUGAUUUCAGCUAGAGAAGGGAGGGACCGCAGUGGGAGUCUGGCUCUUACAAUGCCCACUUCUAACUUCAGGCGCCUUCACACAUCUGUGCCCAUCCUCCCUUGUUGGGUGGUCUACAUACACGUGGCAAGGUUACAGGUUCAAACUGAAGGGUUGGGAGUCUGGAAAUGGUGAGAGGAGCACAGAGUGGCAGCAAGUAUCUGACAGAUGGAAUUCCUUUGGGGCCCCCUCCCUUCCUGCGUACCUCAUGAAAAGAUUCAUCAUUCUGUUGGGCACGUGGAACUCCCCUACCAGCCACGGGCCCUCUAGCCCUACCUGUUCUUCACUGCAGUUCCCAGUCUCCUGUGGCUCGUGCCCACCUAUGCCAUCCUCGGUCCCUGGCGAGUGUCCUGGGUAGAGGGGGACAGAGAGAGUGAGCCUGGCCCCUGGGUCAGCCUUUCACUCAUUCAGCCACCAUCUGCCAUACAGACCAGAACAAGGCAUUAUUGUUUGUAAGGACAGUGGAAGCACAGAAAAGAGAUUGAUAAUGAGCAGUGUGUUGAAAGUUUGACAGAGAAGGGGGAAGAAUAUUCCGUGCAGAGUGUGGUGCAGUGAAUUACUUAAUAUGGCCCUUCUAGCUAUAGUCCUUGUGAAUCCCACACAAUGAUUGGGUGGAGCUAUGCAAAUAAGGGGAUUGGACGGCUUCCUGCUAAUACAAAUAAGGUGUAUGGAACCUGUGAUAGUUAAGGUUAUGUGUCAACUUGGCUAGGCCAUGAUUUUCAGUUGUUUGGCAGUUAUGUAAUGAUGUAAUCUGGAAGUUAUGUAAUGAUGUAAUCAUCCUCCAUUUUUGUGAUCUGAUGUAAUUAUCCACUCUGAUGUGAUGUAAAUCCUAGCCCCUAUGUAUGUGGUUAUGGUCCUAUUUGGGAGCGAGUUGUCUGUUACGUUAAUGAGACAGGAUUAGGGUGGGAUGUGUCUUGAGUCACUGCCUUACUAGAGGGUGUGACUCAAGUCACACCCUUGCAUCGCCUUGCUCAAAGUAAGGGCAGUUUCCUUGAGGGUAUGGUCUGCAUCCGGUAUAUAUGAAUGCUCUGGCAAGUUC